AUGAGCAUAACCCAAAUCUCAAAGAGGCUCUCAUCAUCACCCCAAAGAUUUCCAGAUUGCUGCUUGGGGAUCUCGAGCACCUUGAUCGCCCACCUCUCUUCCAUCCUUCCUAAGAAACCCACAUUCACCGUUUCCGUGGGCAGCGGAUCUGGUUUACUCGAAGCUUUAAUCGUAAACCACGAUGAAAAUGUGACAGUGCAAGGUGUUGAGAUUGGCUCAGCUGUCAAUCGAUAUAUUGCCGAAGAACACAUGAACGUCGUGAUCGGAGGCUGGGGACUCUGCUCUGCUGCUCAACAGGCCACAGCAUGGAUGUUUGUCUACCCCCGCGACCCGAAACUCAUCAAAAAGUACAUUGAUACAUAUGGUGAUCGACCUCUUGAGUUGAUUGCAUGGCUCGGGCCGAAGGUGGACUGGCCAGAUUAUGAGCUGCAGUUUCGCCAAUCUUCGUUUUCCGAGUUGACUUAUCCGGAUGAUAUUGGACUAACACCGUAUGAGGUUAUGGUUAUUGCAAGGAGAUCAUGUUAA